AUGACAUACAACAAGAAGAAGAAAUGGCAAACUGAUAGCCAACGUAAACGUAUGGAUCAACUGUUGUUGUCGUCGUCGUCUGACAAUUGGUUUCAAACCAAUAGAUUCACACCAUUAUUAUCACCGCCGCAUCCGUGGCCAACAACAACAUCAACAAUACGAUCGGCACAUACCAUCAACAACAACGGUGGUAGUGGUAGUGGUAGUGGUAGUGGUAGUGGUAGUGGUAGUGGUAGUCGUAGUGGUAGUCGUAGUGGUAGUCGUAGUGGUAGUCGUAGUGGUAGUCGUAGUGGUAGUCGUAGUGGUAGUCGUAGUGGUAGUCGUAGUGGUAGUCGUAGUGGUAGUGGUAGUGGUAGUGGUAGUGGUAGUCGUAGUCGUAGUCGUAGUCGUAGUAGUAAUGGUUUUAAAAAUACUAUCAAAAGCAUUGAUUACAAUACGAUUGUAUCCACUGAUGAUGUUUUGCCAGUAGUUUUUUGA